AUGGUGAGAGGAUUACAGAUUUUCUACCUACGUUCUCCUUCGUUCUGUUUUUUCUCUCACGAUGUUUCUCUGUUUUCAUCGCAGGCCAAGUUCCUGACUCAGGAGCAGAUUAACGACUAUAAGGAGUGUUUCUCUCUGUACGACCGUCAGCGGCGGGGCAGGAUUGAGGGGGGGGAUCUGAUCACAGUGAUGCGAUGCCUCGGGUCGAGCCCCACCCCCGCUGAGGUUAGGAGACACCUGCUGACCCACUCAGACGCAGCUGGAGAUCUGGACUUCUCGUCCCUCCUCAGCGUGAUGCACCGUCAGCAGCAGCAGGAGGCGCCGCAGAGAGAGAUCCUGGAGGCUCUGAGGAGGAGUGAGGGGGGGAGGAGGGGCUUCAUGGAGGUCUCCCUGCUGAGGGGGAGACUCACAGGGCAGGGGGAGAGACUCACACACAAAGAGGUGGACGAGCUGCUGCAGGAGGCGGGACUUGGAUCUGACGGACAGCUCCACUGCGAGCAGUUCGCUGAAGCCGUGACGCGCAACGCUGCAAAACGCUGACGAGAGAAUCAAAAACACUUUUUAUUAAACUUCAUUUCAUCUGUGAUUCUUGGUCACGUGAUUAUUGUUAGCAC